GGCUUAAAUGAGGCUGGAGUCUCUUCAAGGAAGGGGGCUCUGCAAAGAUACCUCAGGCCAAUUGGACUGAGACAUGGAUAAAGAAGAAUUUUUAAAGGAGCAAAAGGAUGUAUAUAACAAGACAGAUCAAGAAACAAGCUCUGGGGAUCUUUUGCAGCCUGAAAUUCUUCAGAGAGAGCAUCCCCAAUGUCCCACUGCCCUUUGGGAAAUGUUAGAGAGGCAGUUUUUGGAAUAUGCACAGACAGCCCCUUUCCUCAACCCAGAGAACCAGCAGAGGACUUUGUUGCGGCUUCUCCCUCUGUUCCUGAAGGCCUGGGAAAAGUCUGCUGGUAUUAUUUGCUUUCCCAGUAUCCAUGAGUUUGCAGAAGAGGUUUCAAAGAAUUUUGCACAAGAAAUACAGAAGGCUCUUGUGGGGAAGCCAGCAGAGGAGGCUCGAUUGGCAAUUGGACAGCUGCUUCAAUGGAAAGGAGAAGAAGAAAAUGAUGGCUACCUCUUAUUAAAAUCAGGCUAUUUGCUUACCCAGGUUGACCCUGAGACACUUAGCAAGAUCAUCGAGUCUGGUCUCCCAGGCCUGCUCUUACAAUGCCUUUAUAUCUUUUUUGCUUUUCCAUUGGAUAAAGAUGAGCUAUUUGAGGGUGACUCUCAAGUUCAGAAAAUGUUUGUGCAGAUGAUGCUCAACAUUUAUAGUGACCCACAGGGAGUGGAAGAGCUUCUUCUUGGCAAUGAACUACAAUCUCUUCUGGUUGCAACGUCUUCUCUUUGGGAACAGAGCAGCCCUUCAUGGAAAGAACCCACCUUCUCUGUGCUUAAAGCCAUUUCUAAGUCUCAGAGUCCAAGUAUCAUCAGCUACCUGCACACUUCGAACUCUAUGAAAAUUGCCAUCCAGAAUCUCUCCAGGUUGGCGGACACCCUGCCUCCCCGGGAAGUAAGUGAAGUGGCGAGUCUCAUGCUGUAUUUUGUGAUGGAUUCCUAUUCCAUUUCACCUACUUUGCUUCUUGAGUUUGAGAACAGUGAUGGCUACCCUACGCUGCUCAAGAUUUUACUUCGGUAUGGGGAGGUUCCUGAUAAUGAAGCAGAGCCUUAUCUGGAAGAACUUUUAGAACUGCUGUUAUGGCUCACAGUCUGUGGGAAGACGGAACUGAAGGUGUUUGACAGUGUCACCUACCCUCAGCUAGAUGGCUUUAAGUUCCAGCAUGAGCCCUCUGGGAUGACUGUGAAAAACCUCCAGGCCUUUCAAGUGUUGCAAAAUGCCUUCCAGAAAACUAAUGAUUCCCUUCUCUGCCGAAAGAUAUUAUCUACUAUCAAAACAAUGUGGACCUGGAAUGGAAGGAAUUUUUUCCUCUUAGAAUGGACACUGCAGCCUAUUUCACAGUUUGUGGAGAUCAUCCACCUGAAGCCCCCCAUAGCUCAGAUGCUGUUCUUCCAGCUUCUGGAGUCUGUAGUUUUUGACCUGACAUUCAUCCCACAUGAAAUUCUCAAGAAGGUGCAGAAUUUGAUCAAGGAGAACCUAGUGCCAUCUUGUACCUUAGUGGCCCUACGGAGCAUCCAGAGGAUCAUCACCCGUGAUUUGCUCUUUACUGACAUAUUCAGGGACUCAGGACUUUUGGGUCUGUUGCUGGCUCAGCUCCGGAAACAUGCGAAGAUCAUGAGGAAAACAGGAAGCAGAGAAUUAUCUGGUUUUAAGGAUAUGGAGAAAGACCUGGCUUGUGUGAUGCUGAAAAUUGUGGCUUCACUAUUGCAAGGUUCUGUUCGGAACACGGUUGUCCUGAAAGAUCAUGGUAUGGUUCCUUUCAUCAAGAUUUUUCUGGAUGAUGAGUGCUAUCGUAGUGACUCUUUAAGUAUUUUGGAGCAGCUAUCCACCAUUAACUCUGAAGAGUAUAUGAGUAUAAUCAUUGGUGCGUUGUGUUCUUCAACUCAAGGAGAACUACAUCUGAAACUGGAUCUACUUAAGUCUCUCCUUAAAAUACUGGAGAACCCAAAGGGUCGUUCUGCUUUCAGAACUGCUAGUGGCUUCAAUGGCCUUUUGUCCCUCCUCUCAGAUAUGGAAGGAUCUCUACAGGACCCCCCAUUGGAAAUAUGGUCCCCAAUCACUCCCAGUCAAGCAAUGGAACUUGUCCUGUACACACUCUGGGCAAUGACAGCAGCUCUACAUUUGGAUUCAGUGAAUAGUGACUUUUUCAGGAGAAAUAACUUGUUCGAGAAGCUGGCUGAAGAUCUCUCUUUGCUUGGUUGCUUUGGAACUCAGGAGCAAGGGAAAGUCUUACCACAAGCCUUUAUCAUUGAGAAAGCCAGGACAUUUGCAGAAUUGUUAAAUGCUGCCUUUUCCCUUUCUGAGGCAUUCCCAUCUGCACUAAGGAGCUGCCUCCAGAUUCUGAGUUUUCUUGAUAGCAUGGCCAGAGGGACCUUGCACCUGGGGAAUGGACUGAAAGAAUGGAAGAUAAUUCCAGAGGAACUGACAGUGGAUCUUCAGAAAGGCAUGUCUAUUCAGCCUGAUGAACAUUCCAGUACUGAAGAGAGCACCUUCAGACCAAUCAUCACCAGGGGCUGGCCAAAUCUGGAUGACAGGAUGGAUGAUGUUGAUGAUGUUAUCAUGCACCCUGGGGUAGUCUGUGUCAUGCUCAGGCUGCUUCCUUCCGUGUACCAUGAAGAUCACCUGCAGCUUUCUAAGGAAAUUCAGUGCUCUGUGGCCAAUCACAUUCAGUCACUGGUGAAGUCAGAGAAGAACCGUCAAGUCAUGUGUGAGGCUGGAUUGCUCAAGACCAUUAUCACAUUCUGCCAUAAAGCCUUAACUGACAGCAGUGACCCACUUCACUUGUCUCUUAUCAGGAUUUUUGAGAAACUUGCUUCCCAAGCCAUUGAGCCAGACAUAUUAAGGCAAUUUCUUAGCCUUGGGAUUCCUUCAGCUACGGAAACUGGAUGCAAAACAAUUUAUACAUCUCUUUCUCAAGGAGACAAUUCAUGUCAUUCAGAUAUGAAUACAGGAUUAGGAGCACCAGGACCUCCUGGUACUGAUAGUUCUGUCGAAACUGAUGCCAGUCUUACUGUCAGCACUGUGCCAAGCUCAAGGUCAUCAGAGGCAUCCAAGAGCUCUGUUAAUAUUCUUCAGACAGCAAUGAGUCUCAUUUCUAUGACAUCACCACGAAACAUCCAGCCACAGAAAGCUACCCUGGCUCCAUCAUUUGUAGAAUUUGACAUGUCUGUGGAAGGAUAUGGUUGUUUGUUUAUUCCUACAUUGUCAACGAUUAUGGGUCCCAAUACAGAACAUUCAAUCUCUGGAGGAAUUGGUAUAGGACCCAGGUUAUUUCCUCCUCUGAAUGGUCUUACAUUUUCCUCCUGGUUCCUGAUCAGCAAACACAGUUCUCUUCAAAACGUCCAUCCCAUUCGUUUCUUGACCUUGGUGCGCCACAUGGCCAGGACAGAACAUCAGUUUGUCUGCUUCUCAGUUAGUUUCUCACCCGAGGACCUGACUUUAACCGUUUCUACAGAAGAAAAAGAGUUUGAGCCCCUGGAUGUUAUGGAGCCAGAAGACAUACAUGAACCCUCUGCUGGAAGUCGGCUCCAGUUCCGAUGUGGCAAUCUGCUGUCAAGUGGACAGUGGCACCAUUUAGCCGUUGUUGUCACUAAGGAAAUGAAAAGAAAUUGUGCAGUUUCCACUUAUAUCAAUGGACAGCUCAUUGGAUCUGCAAAGAUGCUGUACAUCCAGACUUUACCAGGCUCUUUCCUUUCAAUGGAUCCUUCAUCUUUUAUUGAUGUCUAUGGAUAUAUAGGUACCCCGCAAGUCUGGAAACAGAAAUCAUCUUUAAUAUGGCGUCUUGGCCCUACCUACUUGCUUGAGGAAGCACUUUCAAAGGAAACUCUAGAAGUUAUUAACAAACUUGGCCCAAGAUACUGUGGCAACUUCCAAGCCGUGAAGUUCCAGGGUGAAGAUAUUGACUGUGAAGCCAUGACCCUUGUUGUUGAGGAACGAGUUUCCUUUGGACUUAAUGUAGCUAGUUCAUCCUUGACAAAUGUGACAGAGAUCAAGACUGUUUAUAAUGAAGUUGAUAGUCGCCUGAUUGCCAAAGAGAUGAACAUUUCCUCACGAGACAAUUCAAUGCCAGUUUUUUUGGUAAGAAAUUCUGCUGGACACCUUUCAGGCUCCCUUCGUACCAUUGGAGCAGUUGCUGUGGGUCAGUUAGGGGUAAGAGUGUUCCACUCCAGUCCUGCGGCCAACAGCCUGAACUUCAUUGGUGGACCUGCCAUUCUCCUUGGAAUGAUUUCUCUGGCUACAAAUGAUCAUACUAUGUAUGCUGCCAUUAAAGUUCUUCACUCAGUUCUAAGCAGCAGUCCCAUGUGUGACAACCUCAUGAAACACAUCCAUGGAUACCAGAUACUGACAUUGCUCCUCAAGAAGAAGGUACGAUUGUUGAACAAUAGAAUUUUCCAGCUCAUUCUUUCUGUUGCUGGCACCAUUGAGCUGGGCUUUGGAUCCUCUGCUAUCACAAAUCUUGGUAUAUUCCAGCAUGUUCUCUGCAAUUUUGAGCUCUGGAUGAACACAGCAGAAAAUCUAGAUGUUGCUCUCUUUUCCCAUCUCAUGGAAAUUCUUCAGUCACCACGGGAAGGGACUCGGAAUGCUGAAAUUGCUCACCGGGUACAACUGGUACCUAGGCUGGUCUUCCUCUUUAAUGACCCCAUCCUCAGUCCCACCAAGAUCACCACCAUCACUUCCAUCCUUGGUCAUUUGCUGAAGAGAUAUUUCAACACCCAAGAUGUCAUUAGGAUUGGAUUAUUCAUUGUCUACACUCUCAAACCUUCUUCAGUAAAUGAAAAACAAAUUAGUAUGGAAAAGAACUUGGAUUCCUUUAUACAAGCCGGAAGCCAAACAUCUGGCAGGAUGAUCUGGCUCAGAAACCAGUUACUCGAGAUGCUGCUGAAUGUAAUCUGUUCCAACAAAUUUCAUCUGUCCUCAGAAUCACAGGAAGAAAUGUUUCUGAACCUGGGGCCUGAUUGGUUUCUGUUAUUCAUCCAAGAUCAUUUGCAUCCAAGUACAGUGGUCUUGGGAAUAAAGCUGCUAUUGCACUUUUUGUACAACCCAAUGCUACGGGCCAGAUUUAAAGAUGGAUUGUCAAUGGGAUCCUGGGUUGAAAACAGUAUUUUGGGAGUGGAUAUUUUGAUGGAUAAUUUAAAAACUCAAUCUCCAAUGCCUGAUUUUAGUUCUUGCUUGAUCUCUGGUUUCCAAAUAUUACCUACCUUCCUUAGCCACCAUAUUCAUAUUCCUGAAGUGUACCUCCUCGUAUCUAGCUUCUUCCUUCAGACUCCUUUGAGCGAAGUGACUAUAGAGACCACGACAAGUCUUGAUGUCAUGUUACAAUGGUUAUUACAGAACCACAAUAGGGAAAAUGCCCUUAAGUCUGGUUUGUGCACCGAAGGUGCCUUGCUGCUAUUAGAGAUGGUCAAAGCCACAAUUAACCAGCCUCUUACAGGUUCAGAUGAAGGUAAUUGGAAAGUGACCUAUCCCGGCAAUGUGAUGCAGUUCCUUUGUCUAAUCUACCACAACUAUCCUCAGGACCCUAUAUGGUGGUCCUCUGACUUUCUCCAAGUCUUGGCUAUAAUUCUUUUCCCUCCAGAAAUGCCAAAGAAAAUGCCUGACUCUCCAUGGAAUGAUAAUGUCCUUUUGACUGCUGCUGAAGGACAGAAUAGUGUGGAGUCCCCAAUGAGUCCUUCUACUGCUCACCCUUCUAGAAAACAAAUCUCUGACUUCCUGAAGUUCCUUCUCAUGGAGAUCUUGCUCUGCACUCCACCACAGAAGCAAUUGCACCCAUUGGACUUCCUUCUUGAGGCUUCUCCAGAGAACACAACGAAUCAACAGAAGCGAUGUUUCCAGUCUGAGAUUUUGCUUUCUGCUAUGGGUGUCUUUCACAUUAUAAGUGAAGGCUGUUCUAUAAGUUCCAAUGGCACUAGAGAUUCGCAGCAUAAUUCAGAAUCAACUCCUUCGUUAGCAAAUAUUUCCUACUUGACACAGAAACUGGUUGAGAAACUGUACAGUGGAAUGUUUACUGCAGACCCCCGAGAGAUUCUUCUAUUUAUCACAGAGCAGAUCAUGGGGGUCAUUGAGAAUGCUUACUCUCAGAAGGAAGCUCUUCUUAGUGUUUUAUAUAGCAGUUUAAAUAGAGUCAUUCUAUAUUGCCUGUCCAAACCCCAGCAAUCACUUUCUGAAUGCCUUGGAUUACUAAGUAUCUUGAAUUUUCUCCAAGACCAAUGGGACAUCAUCUUUGCAACAUACAAUUCAAAUACGAGCUUCAUCAUUUGCUUCAUGCACUGUCUUUUUCACAUUCAUGCAAGAAGUUAUCCAGAGGGAUUCGGAUUAGAACCCAAACCAAGGAUGAGUCCUUAUCACCAAGUCUUCCUUUCUCCAUAUGAAGAUAUGAGAGAACAAGGAGAGGACGGUCUUCCAAGUUUAAGUGACGUUCAACAUGGCAUUCGGAAAACAGUCCUUGACCUCUGGCACCAACUCAUGCAUCAGAGGCGGCAAUCUCUAGAGGAUACCUUCAAGAUGGACCUCUCCGUAAAGCCUGGCGAGAGCGAAGUUAAGAUUGAAAACGUCACGCCUCUGUGGGAAGAGACGACUCUCAAGUCUUGGCAACAUUAUUUAGCAUCUGAAAAGAAGAUGCUGGCAAGCAAGUCAAAUACUGCACAUCAAAGCAAAGCCUCCAGCUGGAGUGAAAGCUGGUCAUCAGCAAUGAAGUUGAUUCCAGGAAGGCAAACAAAGGAAACUGAGUGCAAAUCUGAGGAUUUUCUGUCUUGUAUGGAGGAGUACAGAAGACGAGGCCAGGAGCUCUAUGCAUCUUUAUACAAAGAUUAUAUCCAGAGACGGAAAUGUGGCUACAGCAAAGCAGCAAGUGAGUGGGCCAAAAUGAAAGAUCAACUUUUCAAUGAGUGGGGUUUGUGGGGGCAAAAGUUAGAAACAAUGCCCUGCUCCCAGUGGUCUCUUGAUUGGCAUGAAGGUCCAGCCCGCAUGAGAAAGAGAAUACGAAGAAAAUUUGCUGGAGAGUCCCUGAAAAAUGUUAACCAAGCCAAAAAUAAUGAAACUUCUCCAACGAACCCUGAAAAUCAAGAUGACUUCAUGUCAAAUGGAGACGAAGAGAGAGAUGAGAUGGAAAACUGUAACCAGUUGACAUUCUUCCCUGCCUUGCAUGAGAGCCUUCACUCAGAAGAUUUCUUGGAACUGUGUCGGGAGAGAAAAGUUAUUUUGCAGGAGUUGGUGGACAAAGAAAAGGUGUCAGUGAAACUUUCGGUGGUGAUUGUCCAAGGACAUAUGGUUUCAGAAGGGGUACUACUCUAUGGCCAACAACAUUUCUACAUCUGUGAGAACUUUACUCUCUCUCCCCUUGGUGAUGUCUACUGUACCAAGCACUGCUUGUCCAAUAUCAGUGACCCAUUUAUUUUCAACAUGUGUAGCAAAGACCAGCCUUCAGAUCAUUAUAUUUGCCAUCGAUAUUACUAUAGUGACAUUAAGGAGAUACAGCUGAUGCGUUUUCUUCUACAGGAGAUUGCCUUGGAAAUCUUCUUCAGAAAUGGUUACUCCAAGUUUCUGGUCUUCCAUAACAGUGACAGGAACAAAGCAUUCAAGAGCUUUUAUUCAUUACAACCUCGCUUAAAGGGGAAAGGCAUCACAGAAGAAUCACUCAACAUAAGGAAAAGCAUCGGAUCAGAGAAAACAAUGCUACAGAAGUGGCAGAAAAGGGAAAUAAGCAAUUUUGAAUAUCUCAUGUAUCUAAAUACCCUGGCUGGGAGAACCUACAAUGAUUAUAUGCAGUACCCAGUUUUUCCUUGGAUUCUUGCUGACUAUACCUCAGAGGCUUUGAACUUCACGAAUCCCAGGACAUUUCGAGAUCUCUCAAAGCCCAUGGGGGCCCAGACCAAAGAAAGGAAACUGAAAUUCAUCCAGAGAUAUAAAGAAGUUGAAAAGAGUGAAGGUGACCUUUCAGCCCAGUGUCACUACUGCACCCACUACUCCUCUGCAAUUAUCAUAGCCUCCUACUUGGUUCGAAUGAAGCCAUUUACCCAAACCUUCUGCUCUCUGCAGGGUGGAAGUUUUGAUGUGGCUGAUAGGAUGUUCCACAGCGUGAAAAACACGUGGGAAUCAGCAUCAAGUGAGAACAUGAGUGACGUCAGGGAGCUGAUCCCAGAAUUCUUUUACUUGCCUGAAUUUUUGACCAACUCCAAUGAUGUUGAAUUUGGUUGCAUGCAGGAUGGAACGAUUCUAGAUGAUGUGCUUCUCCCACCAUGGGCUGAAGGAGAUCCUCAGAAAUUCAUCAGCCUACACAGACAAGCUCUAGAAAGUGACUUUGUAAGUGCCAACCUACAUCACUGGAUAGACUUGAUUUUUGGAUAUAAGCAACAUGGACCAGCUGCUGUAGAAGCUGUUAAUACCUUUCACCCGUAUUUCUAUGGAGACAAGAUGGACCUUAAUAAUAUCACUGAUCCCCUCAUUAAGAGUACCAUCCUGGGAUUUGUCAGUAACUUUGGACAGAUACCUAAACAGCUCUUUACCAAACCACACCCAGCUAGGACUGCCCAGGGAAAGCCAUCAGGAAAAGAAGGAUCUCUUUCCACUGGUCCAACUGGCUGCCCACCACCAUUUUUUUGUACUCUGCAAAAUCUGAAGCCCUCUCUUGUUACAGUCAAAGAGUCUCCCAAAGGAGCCAUUGGACAUAUCGUUCCUACUGAUAAAUGCGUUUUAGCUGUGGAGAAAAACAAGGUGCUGAUUCCACAUCUCUGGAGCAAGACUUUCAGUUGGGGAUUUGAUGACUUUACCUGUUGCCUGGGAAAUUAUGGAUCUGACAAGAACCUGACAACAUUUGAAAGCCCAGCAGAUUGGGGGAAGUGUCUCUGCGCUUUGUGCCCAUCACCUACUCUGGUCAUAACCUCAGGAGACAGUGCCGUGGUUUGCAUCUGGGAGCUUUCCAUGGUCAAAGACAAGGCAAAGGGGCUGCACUUGAAACAGGUGCUAUAUGGACACACAAAAUCUGUCACCUGCCUGGCAGCAUCAAUGACUUACAGCCUCCUUGUGAGUGGCUCCUGUGACCAAACUUGCAUCUUAUGGGACUUGGACCAUCUGAUGUAUGUAACCCAGCUCCCUGCCCACCGGGCAAGCAUAUCUGCUGUUGCCAUCAGUGACUCCACGGGAGAUAUUGUCUCUUGUGCUGGAACCCAUUUGUAUCUAUGGAACAUUAACGGUCAGGCUCUGGCAAGCAUCAACACUGCCUGUGGGUCCCGAGGAGAUAUCCAAUGCUGCUGCUUAGCAGAAGGAAUGGACUGGGAUGCCAGCAACGUCAUCAUCACUGGGAGCCGGGAUGGCAUUGUUCGAAUAUGGAAGACCGAACAUGUGAAGACAUCUGGUCACGGGGCAGGACCUGAGACGCAUACAACAGAAUCUCCCGGACAGAAAGGUAACAAGUGGGAAAAGAACCUGGCUUUGUGUCGAGAGUUGGACAUCAACGUUGCUUUGACAGGGAAAUCAAGUAAAAAUAAUCCAGCCAUCACAGCGUUGGUCAUGUCCAGAAAUCAAUCCAAACUCUUUGUUGGUGAUGAACGAGGACGAAUAUUCUGCUGGUCCAGAGAUGGAUAGGAAAGCAUGGCGAGCAUGUGGAACUAAUGGAUGAAAAAAAUUAAAAGCAAUGAAGCCCCAGGAUUACACACGUUAUUUUCAAGAAACUAAGAUAAAACCAGUGGAAGCCCAAGAUGUGUGUAAUAUUUGAGGUCUGAGAGUAAGGUGAUCAUAUAAGUUCUCUUCAAUACUUGAAAACUCCACUGUGAAUAUGAAGAUGACAUGAAAAUUACUGUCUUUCCCAAUGUAAUACCAAACUACCUAUAAUGUUUUUAUUCCAAUGACAUGUAUCCUUUAUGGAGGUGAAAAUGAAAGUUGAGUGUGUAAAUGUGGAAUCACUUUUGUGGGUUAUAUAGAAUAAAAACUAUGGUUUACUGGAAGCCAGAAUAUACAUCUGGAUUGCACAUAAAUUAUGUCACCUCUGUAAAAGAGCUUUUCAUAGUGAAUAAAAUUAUAUU